UCCAGUGGCUGUUUUGUCUCUGUGCUGCGCGCUCCCAAGAUUCGAUCGAGGACCCAGGAUGCUUCCCUCUCAGCUGAUUAUUCCCGGCCUGCUUUGCCUUCUGCCGGGCACUUUAGCCGGCCACUUGAAGCACCGCACCACACCCACGCCGCUCCACCCGUGGCCACCAGCUCACCCAGAACGGCACCUCAACAAGCACUUCGCCAAGAUCUACUACCCGCCCUCCGGCUUGGGCGCGGUCAACCCUCUGAUCGCCUUCCGGGACGCCACCCCGUUGAACACCCCCGAGAAACUCGACGACUACGGGUUCUUCGCCGGGACCCACUACCAGACCCUGGCCAAGAUCAUCUACUGGGUCGUCAAGAUCUGGCACUUCGUCAUCAUCGUCAUGCAGCCCUUUGCUUUCCUCGCCUUCAACAUCGCCGGUGUUAACUACCUCCGCGAGGGCAUCAACAGAUACUUGUCACUCGUCUCGCCUAAUAUCAUCGUCUCGAGCUUGAGGCAGUUCUCGGAUCACUUGGACCACAACGGAAUGGAUCUUCGGCGUCUCGCCACGGCUAGGGUCGAUGAUGUCUGUUUGGAGAGGAUGGUCUGCCGGUCUGGCUUGGAGACCAGGUCCAUGGUCGCGCCUAUCCUACUGAGGCUAUUCGACAACUUGAAGUUGAUCCCAGCGAAGUACUCGAAACUCGUGUCCAUCUACUGGGAUGCAGCUGUCAGGAGAGACUCGUCCACUUGUCGAGAAUAUGUGUGUGAUUCGGCCGAUCAAGAAGAAAUAGACGAAGAGCAGGAGGAAUCAGAAAUCGAUUCAGCUGUCACUGAGCCAGGCACAGAGGCAGGGCUGGAGCCCACGGAACCCGAUAUAAAAGACAACGAAAUCAUCCCUUAAAACUGCUGCUGCAAAAUGAUCUAACGAAAAUAA